AUGGAUUCUUUGCGAUAUAAAAUACUCUCCCGAUUGCACAAUAAACGUUUUCAAGAUAGAAUAGAUCCUGCAUAUGAAUUUGAUGUUAAAGUAUUCCACCUCGACGAUGAACAAGAAUGCAAAAAUUUAUUUAGUAAAAUACAAGGAUGUAUCAAAGAGGUAAUAAGGAAACACUUUUUUAUUUUUCUACUCAAAUUCAAGCAAACCCAUUGGAUGACAACAGUGAUUAAGCAAGGUUCAGGGAGUCAAAAAACAAGAGCUUACUUUUUUAAUUCCCAUCUAGACCCCGGUCGUUUACAACCAAAUAAAUUUUGCACUUGUGAAACAUGGAUAAUAGAUUUCAUUCAAGCCGUGGUAGUUACAUCUGUAUUUGGAAGAGAUAGGUAUAGGGACAGAAUAGAUGAAUUGGUCAAAAUCAGCAUGAUGAAUAAACAAGAUGUUAUCAGAAAUACAAAAAUUAGGGAAAAGUAUUACCAUCGUUUCUUAGAUCAUCAACUAAGUGUUUCAACCAUUUUUUCAGAUUAUGAAGAAUUAUACACGUACGCAGUCUUGUUGCCUACUAACCUUGGCAACCCUUCAGAAUUUAAGAAAAGAAUAAAACCCCAUAGAUUACGUAUAGAAAAUUUAAACUUGAACAAACAUUUUAUUAUUAUGCCUUUACUUACUAAUGCAAGGGAUAAUAUUUCAAUGGUGAUACUUCAAAAUGGAUCAGAGGAAUCAAUCGAUGUCUUUGUAAUUCAUUCGCGUGAAGGAGAUCAAGGUCGUGAUGAGGGCAUCAUAGAAACAGAUUUCGGUCUUCUCCAAAGUAUCCUUGGCGAACUUUUCCAUUCAUAUAAUCUGGUUAGAUUAUCAGUCAAUAUGGAAGACUGGAAAUCUGAUCAAACAUGGAUUCCAGCAUCAAUAACAGCCAUUAUGGAAGCAGUGAUUAUUGUUUAUGACUGUACAAAAUUCAUAGAUAUGCCACCGAAAUCACCAUUAUUACUUACUCAUGUGACAGCGGAGAUGGAACAAUGUAUCAAAGCCAUUACUGUAAGUGGUAAGGCUAAUGACAAGAAGGAACUAGAGCCGACCAGAGAAGAAAUUCAUGAUGAAGAAUGCAUACAAGCUGAGGACAGGGCAAGUGAAAAUGAAAUGAACUACCAGCUAGACAUUGAUAACAUUGGAUAUUUGCUAUAUACAAAAUGCAAUAUCGAUGAUCAACAAGAUGAUAUCUUACCAGUAAUGGAUAUUAACAUAAAAGAUAAUCCUAGGCCUUUAGAUACGAGUAAUCACAUCGAUAGCGCACUAAAAGAUAUAAUGUCCGCAGUAGAUUUUCAAUUUGAAGAUGAUUCCAUCUCUUUGACGAGUUCAGAUAUUUCCAUUGAAAAUCAUUCUAGCAAUAUGAAGAAAUUAGUAACGCUAUCACAGAGAAGUAAUGUCCGUUUUACCAUUCUACCCAUCAAAUUUGAAAAGACCCAUUGGGCUAUAUUGUUGAUUAAAAGGAUAGUUAAGAAAGAUUCUUCAGAGAAUUUUAUAACAUUCUUUUUUGAUCCACAGGGCCGAGAUAAAAAUAAACUUGGCGCCGUAAUAUCUUAUUUAGAACUAGAGAGGGUUAAUAACCUUUCAAUAAAGCUAUCACAGGAAAGUGGUAAAAAUCUCGGUACAUGGUUAAUAGUAGCAGUAAAAGUUAUCAUGCAAGAAGCCGAAAAAAUGUCGAAUGAGGAAUUGAUGGCAGAGAUUGAAC